CGCUGCGGGGCUGGGGCGCAGAGACCCGACCGCAGCGCAGCUGCCAGACCCCGCGUCAGGUACCCCUGAGCCCGAUCGCAGGGUUCAGGUUUGCCCAUCUCUGGGCGGCAGGGCAAGGAACCUUCUACAACAGCGCCCCUCCCCCAGCCAUGGACAACCCCAGCAUACAGGAACUCCAGCAACCCUUGCUGCCAAGCACAGCCUGGGACCUCCUGUCCCCCAAGACUGACAAAGUAGAGCUGGGACCCCCUUUCCCAGAAACAGUCUUUGUGGAGUCACUGAGAGGCCGGCAGUUCCUUCUCUCACCUCUUUCUUCCGUGAGCGCUGGCCUGGGAGAGCCUGAGACCCCUGACCUUGAGGACACAUCAUCCAGCGACAGUGACUCAGAUUAUGAUGGAGGUGGCCGCCUCUCACCUCUUCUGCCCCAUGACCACCUUGGCCUGGCAGUCUUCUCUGUCCUGUGUUGUUUUUGGCCUGUGGGCAUUGCUGCCUUCUGUCUGGCCCACAAGGUUAGUCUGUGUUUGGGACUGGGAGGGUGCUGGGUUAAAAAAAAAAGGGGGGGGGGAGAACAAGGAGGAGCCACACUGUUUGGUGGUGGUGGUGGGGACCAUGGGGGGAGGCGGCUGGAGAGAAGCUUCCACAAAGGAACACAAAGGUGUAACCUGAUAUGGUGGUGACAGUAAUCCCAGGUAGUCUUGGGAGACAGAGGAGGUUCAAGGCCAAUCUAGCUACAAACUGAGAUCUUGUCUCAAAAGAAUGAAGAGCAAAGGAACAGAGCGGAGGCUAUGGCUCAGUUGGCAGACUGCUUGCCUAGUAUGUAUGAAGCCCUAGGUUCGAUGGCCAACAAAUCAGAGAUGGAGGCAGAAAGAUCUAAAUUCAAAUUUAUCUUUGGCUACAAAGGAAGCCCCAGGCAAGCCUGGGCUACCUAAGUCUCUGUCACAACAAAACAAAGGGAGGAAGGAAGCAUGGGGGGGGGGGCUAGAGUGGUGGCUUUGACAACCGUCCCUGUCAGAACUGGGAAGCCAGCGAAAGCCGCAGGUCUCCCUCACUAGUCAAUGGAAAUAACCCCUAUCUCAGGGCCGUUGUACAGAUUAACUGAGUGAAAACACAGGCAUAAAUUAGUGGUAUGUGUGGCAACACUUCUUUGUUUUUUGGGUUUUCUUUUUUCCAAGACAGGGUUUCUUUGUGUAACCCUGUUCUCAAACUCAGAGAUCCACUUGCCUAUGUCUCCCAAGUGCAAGGAUUAAAUGAGUGGUCACCACCACAUAGGGAAACGCUCUUUUAUUGGUUGCUCAGUUGGUGCCCCAACUACAGUUUUAGACUAGAUAAAUGAAUUAGUUAGACUGGGAUUGUGGAGAGCCACAGGAAGCAGGGUGGAGUGUCAAGGGACACUUUGGUUACCACUGCCCACUGCCUCUACAGACCAACAAGGCUUGGGCCAAGGGGGACAUCCAAGGGGCAGGGGCCACUUCCCGCCGUGCCUUCCUGCUGGGGGUCCUUGCUGUAGGGCUGGGCCUGUGCACAUAUGCUGCUCUGGUGACCUUGGCUGCCUACCUUGCCUCCCGAGACCCGCCCUAGCUGCCCUUCAGCCCCCACUGUGAAUGCAGAGGCCAGAGGCCCCCCAGUGAACCCAUGAGAGGAACAGAUGAUCCUGGUGCAAAUGGUGGUGAAGGUGAAGACCACAGCAUCCAGAAAUGAGAGUCUGCUACUUUCCUGGCCACCCCUACCCAGAAGGAAGCAACGUGAGAGAUUAAAGAGUCCCUGAAGCCAAACCCAAGUCUGUCUGUGUGUUUGGGUGUGUCCAGGGUGGACUGGUGUGGGGCGCAAGAGUAGGAAGGACUGACCAGCAAGGUCAGCCUCAGGCUGUGGCUGACAUCAGACCUCAGAGAUUGGGGUGUGUUAAUGCAGUAUUUUCUUCUCCACAGUAGUGAGCAGAAUUAGAGCCAGGCUUCCAGGUCUCACUUAACCCUUCCCUCGGGCCGAGCAAGAAUCCCAGGUGUGUGUGGUGGCCUGCUGCUUCCCUCUGAGAUGCAGCAGGCCACAGCAGAUGGAGAAAUUACCCAGUUGUCCAAAAUCAACAGGAAAGUGUGGUGGUAGAGCCAGACCUCGGAGCCACGCUUAGUAUACUGGUAACUCAGGAGGCUGAGGCAGGAGGAUCACAAGUUCAAGUUGGCCUAGAGAUGAGCUUAGCAGAACUAUGCCUAGUACAUAUGAGGUCCCAGGAGAUGAGCCAGCCGUGGCAGCUUAGUGAGACUGACACACACACAAAAACAGCUGGCACUCCCAGCACUCGGGAGAGGCAGUGGGUCUACAGAUUAAGUUUCCAGGCCAGCCAGGGCUGCAUAGUGAAACCCAGUCCGCAGGGUGGACCAGAGGCAUGGCUCAUCAGUCAAUGCUUGUUCAGAAUUUACAACUCCCUUAGUUCAAACCCCAGAAUCAGCUAGGGGUGGUGAUGCAUGCCUUUACUCCCAGCAGUAGAGGAGGCAGAGGCAGGAGGAUCUCUGUGAGUUCAAGGCCAGCCUGGUCUACAAAUGAAUUCUAGGACAGUCAAGAGCUACGUGGUGAGACUGUCUCAAAAAACCAAAUAAGCCUGGUAGAUGGCUUUGAUCCCAGCACUUGAAAGGCAGAGGCAGGUGGAUCUCUGUGAGUUUGAGGCCAGCCUGAUCUACAGAGUGAGUUCCAGGACAGUCAGGGCUAUUACAGAGAGAAACGCAGUCUCUAAAAAAACAAAAACAGUUUUAGAGUUACCAAAACAAGAAAAAAUUUGCACCUGGGCUUCAAUGAUGUGAACAUAGCUCCCUCUGCAGACACAACUUCUCUUGGGGGGAGGAGGGAGAGGGAGAAGAAUCCUGACUGACAGCUCAAAUCAUCUAGAGACCAAAUACCUUCCUUACAAAAUGGCCUUCCAAACCCACUUCAACCAAGUCCCUGCAGAAUGGGCCUCCAACUCAGAGCCACUUGCCUCUGCCUCCAGAUUGCUGGGACCAAAGGUGUGCACCAGCGCUGUCUGGCUAUGUAAGGGGUGGGUCCCUGAGGAAACAAAGAGCUGGUGGUACCAAGUAGGUAAGCAGCUUGCUCAGCACUUGGCGGGACACAGGGAAUAUUUGCAAAAUGAGGCCUGAGAAGAACAUCAAGUAAUGAAGAGGCAGGGGUUUGGCUGUUAAACGCCAUACCACAAUGAAAAAAAAAAAAAAAAAAAACAAACCAAAAACCCUUUUCCACUCAGCAAGCUAAAGAUACCUGUGCAUUCCUUUCCCGGUUCUCAGGAGUGAAGACACCGGUCCAGCGGGUGGUGGUGGAGAGUGGAGUGUGAGGAUCUAGGUCUAGCGUGUGAAAUACAAGGCAGAAUGGGCGCAGCACAUGGAAACAAGCGUCUGAGGCCUGCUGAUCUGGCUCCAUGUUGACAGGUUGUGGGAGUUAAUCUUUACAGAAGUUCUUAAAUGCUUGGUUCCAGUCCUCUCAAUACCAAGGGUAUGGGAACACUGGCUGGCUGAGCCCCAAUGACUUGGUGCUCCCAGAAUGCUGGAGUUACCCUGAACAGCCUGGUCUCUGGGACAGGAAUCUCAUGGUCAUUUGGUCUUCUGCAGGUUAGCUGGUGACCUUUGGGCUCUUCUGUUUAUGUCAUCUUCAAGUGAGGACUCUUAUCACCCCCAUUUCAUGGGGUGCUGAAGAUGGACCUCUAGUGUACUGCUGGUGGCCCUCAAGGCCCCGUGUGGAUGUGUUCCUCCCUGCCUGUAUCUCUGGAGCGCUCUCCCAUGCUACUCCAGAGCUCACUGCCACACUUUCCUCCUUCACGGAUAGCUUCAGCUGUACCACCCCUGCCUGUAUCCUGAGAUGGAAUUUACUUCCCCUCAAAACUGAUCCCUCCUUUAGAUGUGUGUCCAAGUGCCCACAGAAAAGGAUGUCUGAGCCCCAAGAGCUGGAGUCACAGGUAGUUGUGAGUUAUCUGUUGUGAGUGCUGGAAACUGGAAGAGCAACAGGAGCUCCUAACUGCUGAGUCCUCUCCAGAUCACCUUCUUAGGUAGCCCAGGCUGGCCUCACUAUGCCAGGCAGGACUGAUGGCACG